CACUGUCAGGAGGUUAAAGUGUAAAUUUUAAUGAGAAAUGAUAAAUCACUAAUAAUAGUUGAUAGUUGCAAAUAUCAAACAUGAAUAAUACAAAAACGCAGGAAGUCUACAGUGACCUAACAUUAUUUACAACUCCAGAUAAGUUCUUCUUGGAGCCCAAAAAUGGGGAGGAAUUAUUAGUGAUAGAGAGAGUAACUGAAGAGAUUUCAGUUUAUAAAAAUCACCGUCACAUUAUACCAGCAGCUAGUAGUCGAAAAGAUUUCUGUGGCCUCCUUGGUAUAAUUAGGCUGUUGUCUGGGCCUUAUCUAGUAAUUGCCACUCAGAGAGAUAUAGUGGGUUAUAUAUCAGGUUGUGCAGUAUGGAGGCUAGUAAAGGCAGAACUUAUUCCCUUCAGGAGCUCCCUAAACUUAAGUCCAGAAAAACAAGCUGACAAUGAAGUGUACCUUAGUAUGAUAGAACAAGUUUUAACAACACCCUUUCAGUAUUUCUGUUACGAUUACGACCUGACACAUUCCCUCCAGCGUCUUCGAGACAUUUCGCCAGAUUUCUGGAAACAGUCCCUGUGGGAAAGAGCUGAUCAACGAUUCGUAUGGAAUGGAUUCCUGUUGAGCCCUUUCAAAAAUGUGAUCAGCAAAAAGUUUUGCCUGCCUUUGAUCCUUGGGUUUGUUUCUAUUAACUUUUGUGUUAUUAAUGGGCAUAGCUUGAACUGGAUCAUUGUUUCAAGGAGGAGCGUUUUCAGAGCAGGUACCAGAUUAUUCCGAAGAGGCAUAGACAAAGACGGCAACGUUGCUAAUUUUGUCGAAACCGAACAAAUCGUAGAAUACCAAGGCGACCAUGCGAGUUUUGUUCAAAUCAGAGGCUCUAUUCCACUUUUCUGGCAGCAAAAUCCCGAUUUGCGUCUUAAACCUCCUCCGACCAUGAUCGAUAUGGAUCCACAGGAGCAACAUUCCACCUGUUUGAAGCAUCUAGAAGAAGUGGCAACUUUAUACGGCAAAGUUGUGCUAGUCAAUCUUAUUGACCAAAAGGGAGCUGAAGGUAACAUGGAGAAAUCCUUCAAGGACGCCAUGAGUUCAUUGUCGUAUCCUUCAGCUCGAUACGAACCGUUCGAUUUUCAUUCUGAAUGUAGCAAAAUGAGAUGGGAUCGUCUCAAAAUCCUAAUAGACCGUCUAGCUCUUGACCAAGACGAAAUGGGCUUCUUUCUCUUAUUGCGGGAUGGUUCCUUAAGCUCGUUACAAGAUGGAGUCUUCAGAACGAACUGCAUAGAUUGUUUGGACAGAACUAACGUGGUCCAAAGUAUGCUAGCGCACAGAAAUUUAGAGGUAGUUUUAAGAAAAUUGAAUAUUUUACACCAAAACCAGAACUUGGAGUUCCAGUAUUCCUUCGAAGUUUUGUUUAAGAAUGUAUGGGCAGAUAACGCCGAUAUUAUAAGUACCCAGUACUCGGGAACCGGGGCUUUAAAAACAGAUUUUACUAGAACAGGUAAAAGGACUAAGGCUGGAGUAUUUCGAGAUGGAGUUAAUUCGCUUACUAGAUACUAUAAAAAUAAUUUAACCGACGGGUAUCGCCAGGAUGCCAUAGAUUUAUUCUUAGGUUAUGGCAAACCAAUAUCUCCACUAAGAGUAGACAAAUCGUGGCGAUAUAUUACAUACCCUUCGGUACUUUUGGUCGCUGUAUCCAUGUUUGUAGCUUCUGCUGUGUUUCCUUCAGAAUACUCAACCGAAUCUCUUCUGUUUUUGUUAUUUUGGGGUUCUAUGGUCUACGCCACAUUGCACACCAUAUUCAGAUACGGCGUUGAGUUCGUGGACCGACCUAGGCUCACGCAGUCUUAGCAUUUCGUCUAGUCAGGGGAAUGAUGUAGUAGGGAAUGGUAUUUUUCAUGCACCAACACUUUCGAGAAGCUUCCUGUUCUAUCUAUGUAAUUAAUAUCGAGAGGCAAAAUUUCUUUAGCUGUGUUUUCCUAUAUGUAUUCUAAAUGAAAAAUUGAUAAACAUACAUUACAGUAGAAAAUGAGAUUGCGAAGAGGAAAAAUAUUGAUAAACCCAUAUACAUGCAUCACAGUCGAAUUUAAAUCUGUCCAAUUAGUCAUGAACUUCUAUCCUUGGACCUUAGAAAUACUUUUUUAUCUGCAGCAGGUUGCAGCCAUUGUCUAGGGCGAUAUUUGAGAUUAAGUAGUCACCUUAAUCUUGUUUCAUCUGUCAUUAAUUUGACACACAACUCAUAGAUCAGAAACAUCCGUUUUAUGUUUUUCAAUUUUUUUUACUUAUAGAAAAAUGUACAUUAAUUAACGUAUUGAUCUAAACCUAACCUAUCAUAACCUAAAUAUUUUUUUAAAAACGCCCGAGAAAUCUUUUUUACGGAUUUUAUUUUGUAUUUACACAAGCGUCAUGGGCUAUUUGGGCUAAAUUCUCACAGUUGAAGUGAGGAUAAGACCUAAAAAUAUCUUAAAUAGUAUUUUGGUUUUUUUGUUCUAAAUUUUGACUCUCUUUAAAUGUGUAAAAGUGAUAUUUUUGGUAAAAUUAUUUGUAUACUUCCAGUACCAAUUAUUUGCUUCUAUAUAAGUUUUGUAUGUAUAUAGAGAAAAGUAUAUGUAUUUUGCAAUUUUAUUGUUAAUAUUAUUAAUAAAUGUUAUACAAGAACUACACUGGUGGUUCUUUUAGUGAAGCACUGACACGUCAAUAAAGUUUUUUAAACCAA